CAGAAACCAGCACCUUCGAUUCCACUCCUUCACCACCCGACUCAGGCUCCCCCGACUCAAUCGAUCCACGCUCCUCUCGGCAUCUCCGGCCCAGCAUCUGAACCUCCGCCCUCCUCCAACCCAGCAAAAUAAACCGCAAAAUGCCUACCCCCGAAUCCGCCUCCUUCCUGGCCAAGAAGCCCACCGUGCCCCCGACCUACGACGGCGUCGACUACGAGGACAGCAGCGCGGUGCACAACGCCCGGGACGCCAUUAUUCGCGAGCAGUGGGUGCGCAGCAUGAUGUCUCGUCUUGUGGGUGAGGAAUUGGGCAAGUGCUAUGCGCGCGAGGGCGUCAAUCAUCUUGAGAAGUGUGGGGCUUUGAGGGAAAAAUACUUCGAACUUCUCAGCGAGCGCAAGAUCAAGGGUUACCUGUUCCAGGAGAAGAACUAUUUCUCGAACGAGAAGUCUGCCUAGACACGCCGUCACCUACCACCGACAUAAAUAAAAAAUACUUUCUCAACCCAUCGUGUCUACCAAUCUACCGUGAGAUCGGAUCGAGCCGGGGCUGGAUUUAGAGAAUCGGCAUGACUUGAAACUUGAACUUGAAACUUGAACCCCGAUUUGUACUUUUUUUUCCCUAACCUUUUUUUUUACCGUUUGUUAUACAUGGGUUGCUCUGUGGGUAUAUCUAUCGAUUGUGUUUUUUAGCUUGAAUCGAUUGUCUAUUUUUUUUAUCCUGUUGGUUUUGGUUUUGACUCUGCUUUUUUGGUGGAUUCCGGGGUGGACGGGUUUGAUGGCUAUGAUAGAGGUCGAGGCGCUGUUUGGUGGCUACUCGAGGUAGACGUCGAGGCGCUCUGAGUGACGUGGAUUGCACGGAGUGUAUGAUAUGAUGAUUUAUGUGGAUUGGUAUGUCCAGUUGCUAAGUAUUCAAGAUCAAUAUAUCCAAACGAACAGGAUUGUCCGAG